GAAGACGCUCCGCCCAUUUAUCUUGACCCACGUGUGUGCAGGAGUGUGUUGAUAUUUUUAUUAGUACAUUAAUGUUUUAGGGUGCCUGUUUUGGCGCAAUUACAGCUGACAGAUCAGUUUAGUCUUCGACAUGGAUCUCGCCUCCAAGGACUCGUACAUCCAGAAACUUGCAAGCAAAGUCUUUUCUCAACGAGACCAGGAGCCAAAGAAGAGACCGUUUGCUCAUUUCAAGGGUAAAAGUGACCCUGGUGCCCCAGAGAAGAAGAAAAGGUGUAAAAAGAAACAUUUCAAAGAGAAAGGCAAUGAUGGGAGGACACCUACUCCUAAACCCCAGCAGAAACCAACUCAGAAACACCCAGCUGCUGCCAAACAAAAUGGGUCCGGAGCUGAGAAUGUAAAUAGAGCUACAGCACAGACACAUAAAGGAAGAAAUGUUGAAUCCAACUUCUCUGCAGUGGAUGUUCUACGCAAGAAACUACAUGAAAAGAUUGAAGAGUCCAGAGGGCAGGGAGCCCCAAAGGAUGCAUCUUCUGAGGCGGUCCAGGCAAAGCGAGCGAAACGAAAGCUGGAACGGGAGCGCAAGAAGAGGAAGAGGAAAGAAUUUCGGAUGAAGAAACUGGCAGAAAAAAGUGGCCAAGAGUUGCUGCCAGAGACAAAACAGGAAGAACAACAGGCUCCUGCUGCCAGCAAAAGAAAUGAAACUGCCUUUGUCUACAACAAGGUGGAGACAGUGGAAGAGGGUUAUGUAGACAAAAUGCUGAAAAAGAAGAUGAAGAAACAAAGCAUCAAGGGGCAGUUAACACCACUGACAGGGAAGAACUACAAGCAGCUGCUCAGUCGUGUGGAAGCCCGCAAAGCAAAGCUGGAUCAGCUGAGAGAGAAAGAUGAGGGGAAGGCCAAAGAGAUGCAGGAAAAGAUGAGGUGGACCAACAUGCUUUAUAAAGCAGAGGGUAUCAAAAUCAAAGAUGAUGAGGACAUGCUACGCACUGCGCUGAAGAGGAAGGAGAAGAUGCGUGCUCAGAGGAAGAAGAGGUGGAACAAGCGUAGUGAGAAUGUCACUGAGAAGAUGCAGCAGCGACAAGACAAGAGACGAAAGAACAUCCAGAAACGCAAUCAAGUGAAAACUGAGAAGAAGAAAGAUAGGGCACGGAAAAAAGGCAGAGUGCUGCCCGAGGACUUGAAAAAAGCUGCAGUUUAGAGGAAGGAGUUAGUGUCAUGUGAUGUUAAACAACAAGGCAGUGUCCAACCGAGUAAAGUCUCUUUGUGGCUGUGUGGUUCAUUAGAUGAAUGUGAUAUUGCUCUUGCAAAAACUGUACUUUGUUUCCUGUCCAGGCGUAAUAUAAUGUGUUAUGGUCAAUUAAAUAUGAUCAUUCAUUAUAAUGAACACAAAUGUCAGCUUGUCUUGUACAGUUUGUUUUAUUUUAUGAAUAUCAAACCUGUUGCUAUGUCUUCUGAAGGAAUCGUUUGUUGUUAGCUUAUUCGCUUUUUAGCUAAGUGUUAAUUGACAAGAUUGAGCACUCGUGUUUUUAUGCUAAAUAUGAAGCAAAUACACAAUAAGUAGCUUUUAGAGUCGAGAGAAGUUGUCAGUUGGUCAUCUGCAUUUUGAUACAGCUUAACAUAAAGACUUGAAAAUGGGGAAAGUACUAUCGUAGCUCUAUCUAAAGCUACCAAAUACCACUUGCCAGUAGUGCUGGAAGAAGUGUUCGGGUCUCCACACAAGGGGAAAUACCCAAUGAAAAGUUGCCUUCAAGCAUCAUAUGUAAAAUGUACUUAAAGUAAAAUGAACUGUUUUGCAGAAACAUAGCCGUUGACUGGCACAUUAUCAUACAUUACAUUAUUUGAAUGUUAAAAUUCAGUGCAUCAGUAUAUUAGCAGUAUUGUGUUGUUGCAGCUACUUGAGGGUAAAAUUACCUGAUACACAGUUGGCUAGUUUUAAUCUAGGCCUAUGUUGGCACAUGCACAACACAGCAAAAGCUUAACAAAAGCACAUGAACUCGGCAGCUACAGCCCAAGAUGAGCCCAUCUUCAUUACAACCGAGCUGUAACUAUCCCACUCCGAAGGCAAAAUGAAAACAUCCUCACACCACAGCAGUAUGUAAAUCAAUUGUGAAAUAAUGCGCUCUCUUUUCCAGUGAGUUAAACAGCUAUUAAAUGUAACACAGAUCAAUUCACUGUGCCACAGACCUAGUCUCAUUUAAACCUAAGUCAUUCAGAUUCCUGUGUCAAAUGUAUUCAAAUUCAACAUCAGACAUGCAGGCAGAUCUUGCUGCUGUAGUACAUACAGUAACACUGUAUAAACCAUUUCUCCUCCUGCAUGCUUGGUUCUAGACGGAAGGAGCAGGGGGCUGGGGUGUACUGGAAGGUUGAGGUGUAUUAUAGGGGUGCAGCAGAUAUUUCCAGGACAAUUUAAUGAGGAUCAGAGUGAGAACAAUUGAUCCACAACUUUACUGUGUCAUCUGUGAAACAUCCUGCAGACAGACUGAACAGGAGAGACGAUUUACUCAACACCUGUGUACUGUUUGGUCUGUUUUAAAGUCUAGUCACAUUUGGUAUUUCUGCUGAAACUCAGCUCCAUCUGUUACAUUUCACUUUAUGUGGGUCUGUGAAGCUCAUUUUUUGUCAACCAUAUUACAAC